AUGGUUUAUCACGAGUAUAUAAAUAUUACAAUGGUAUCCCACUUUGACAUAGUUAUAACCAAAAACCCAUCAGAAGUCCCGAAAAUUGAGUGUAUUUCAUUUCCCAUAAUUGCGAAAAUGGUUGAAAGUUCCGAUGCUAAAAUCUUGGUGUCCUUGUUUGCAUACAGCCUCGCCUGUUGA